AUGGGCGCGGCAGCCGUGGCCGAGAAAAUGCGGCUCCUGCGGUCCCAGGGCGGCCCGAAGGGCGUGCGUCUCCUGGUGGGUCUUCGGUCCCUGGACGUCGAGAACGUCUACUUGGGCCUCUGGAAGGGCAACGGGUCGGCCCUGGUGGCCCACGCCAACUUGGUCUACGAGUGGCUACGCGACGCGGAUCUGGACGGACUUGCAUUGCUCAACCUGGCGGUGGGACGGGAAAACGUCGACGUCUACGCGGGGUUCCUCAAGACCUCUUCCCUGGCCAAGCUGAAGCGCCUGGGCGGCGGCCGGGGCUCCGGCUGCGUGUCCCUGACGCUCUCCGUGACGCGGUUCCUGCUCUACGACCAUCCCAGGAGGCUGGGACAGGUCUGCCACAACUACUUCCCGGAACCCUUCGCAACGCACUGCCGGGAGUGGACGGAAGUUCGCUACGAGAAGGACGCCGUGGCCAACACCGCGCUGGUUCACAAGAGGGCCAUGGCCGUCGCCGAGAUCAUGGACGCCUUCGACAACGAGACCACCCUCGCCGAUAAGGCGAGUCCAGCUUUGACCGUGGAAAAGAGAUGGUCGGUGUACAGAGGGCGACACAGUUAG